GGUAUAAUAAAGUUGGCAUGUCUAGAAAAACGGAUUCCAAAAAUGACGAUCGAGUGUUUGGACCAGUUUUUCAGCCUGAUGAUCUUGUUCCAUCCACUGGGAUAGGCCCUGCAUUACCCUCUGAUUUAUUCAAACAGAAAUUAAAUAAAGAGUCGGAAUCAGUCAAUUAUAAAUCUCCCACUAACUUUGAAGAGAUCGAUACUAUUGGUCCUUUACUACCGGGACAAGAAAUAAGAGAAGAGUGGCGGCAUCUGAAAUCUGGUGUAUGUUGCUUUUUUUAUGUUUCAGUAUUCAGGGGGUUUAAGCCGUGUAACGGUGAAAAGUGAAAAACUUAAACGUGAUACAUGGAUGACAGAGUUAUUACCCAGAUCAAGUGUUCUUAAUUCAUUGAAAUCAUGUAAAUUUCGUCAAGAUAUAUCAACACCUCUUCAUGAUGCAUCAUGGUUUACUACACCAAGUGAUGACUCAAAACAAUUGUUAACUAGUAGUCAAACAAAUCAAUCAAUAAAGGACACUGUAAAAUAUCAACGAAAUGAAGCAUACGAUCAGAAGAUGGCAAAGAUUGCUUCGAAACAUCAAAUUUCUAAAGAAAAGUCAAGUUUACUUGAAUUGCAUGAGAAUAAACUCAAACACAAAUUAAAGAAGAAACAUGAAAAGAAGUCCAAGAAACAUAAGCAUAAAUCCAAGAAGCACAAAAAAGAACGUGGAAAGUCAUCAUCACCAUCUACCUCACCACCUGGUAAAUCAACAAGACGACCUUUUGAUCGUAAAAAAGAUCUUAAACUGUCCCGAAUUGAUACAGCUGCUCGGAAGGCAAUAAUUGAACAUUCCAAAAAGCUUUCCAUUCGUUUCAGCCAUGGUAGCCAACAGUAUUUAUAGUGUUUACAUUUUAAAGUCUUGUUUACUUUUUCGAAACAUGUUUUUCUUUAUAUAAUGUCUUCUAAACUGUUGGUGUAUUAUGGUUCUAUUUUAAUUAUUGUUUAUUUCCUUUUUUGUUACAAAAUCUCUUCACUAAGUUAAGAAUUGUGUUUAUUAAGUUCUACGGAACAACAAAUUUGUAAAUACUUUUAUAUCGUUAAAUAAAUAAAUAUUAACA